AUGGCGUGUAAGGGCAAGCUAGACAGGCAGGCGUUCACCAGAAUGAGACGUGCCGCCGAGGACAUGAAUUUGCCCGUCCACGGGUCUGCCCGUUUAGCAACCUUUGCUGUUAGCGGACCCCAAUCCGCGGCCGUAAUGGCAUGGUCGGAGAUAGGAAGGCCAAGGUACAUUGUUGAGCUACGCGGCAAGCUCGUGAUGAUCGUGAGGCAACAUCACCGGUGGGUGCCCAAACCUUGCUUCACAGUGAUAGAGCUAGUCCAUGUCGAUGAUGGUCACAGAUCAAUGAACACUCACAAGUACAUGUGGGCGAACAUGGCGAGCUUAGGUAACCAUGCCUUGUUCUUGGGGUGGACGUGCUCAAAGGCGGUGCAUGUGCCGGAGGGCGGCCACAUUGGUGUGAAGAGGAACCACAUAUACUACGCUCGCCAUCGGUGCUUAAGGCGAGAUGAUCGGAUCCCCCACGGCGCCAAGGUUUUCUCAAGGAAAGAUGAUGGUGGUGACCGUGUGUACUACAAAGAAGACAAUAGUGUUUACGACGGUGGGCAGAUAAUCCCGUCGAUAGAGUACUACGUCAAGGGUGGUAUUUGUCCUCCCAUAUGGAUUUUCCCUCCCGACAUGUAG